GCGGCGCACGUGCGCGGAGCAGACUUCACUCGGUGGAGUUCGCAAAAUUCAAAUCCAGUUCGAAUCGAUCGCGAGACGCUGCGCUGCUUCACCGCCGGAGCUGCUCGCGCUCGACCCGCACCGCACGAGGCGCCCGUUAAGACUCACGGACUCGACCGGAGACGUUCCUAGGCGGUCAGAUUUUAAAAGGAAGAAAAUAAAGAAUAAAGCUAAAAGAGGACAAAAACACGGAGCGCGUGACCACCUCCGCCGCCUCUUUUCCCUGCUCGGGCGCAGUUUUGGCCGCGAUGGACCGGCGGCUCCCGUUAAUCAGGAGCGAAGGGGAAAGUGCACGAGCUCACCGGAAACGAGCGAGAAUGCAACUGCUCAACUAGACAAGGCGGUGAGAGGAACACAGAGGCGAGGAGUUGGAGUUGAUCUGGGGAGCUGGAGUGAGAGAAUCAUCACUGGGAUGAUGGAAAUAAGGUGGAGGUCUGCAUGGCUCUUGCAGCUCAUCCUCCUGGUCGUCUUGGUGACGCUGUCAUGCCGACCAGUGUGUGGUGGUACCCGUACUCACACAGGUCAGUACCAGGUAAAGCAGGGUACCUGUGAGGUCGUGGCGCUCCACCGCUGCUGCAAUAAGAACCGGAUCGAGGAGCGCUCGCAGACCGUCAAGUGUUCCUGUUUUCCUGGACAGGUUGCUGGAACGACUCGUGCUCAGCCGUCCUGCGUGGAAGUGCACCUACGAAGACUCAAGGACUUCAGGACUAGUACAUUGCAGAUUUGCAACUUGUCAUCAGCAUUAAAGAGCGCGACUACACGGGGACCGCAUGUGCUGCUCGAAGCGUCCAUCGUCCUGCAGAAAUGGUGGUGUCAGAUGCACCCGUGUCUGGACGGGGAGGAUUGUAAGGUUCUACCAGACCUAACAGGAUGGUCCUGCAGCACGGGCAACAAAGUCAAAACCACCAAGGUCACGCGAUAGCGAGAACACGGCUGCCCCCUUCAGCUCCAGGAGAUCUCGGAAUCUUUAACAUGGAUUUCUAUUCUGGGAAAAGUAGCCCGAUUACACCGGAUAUCACCCAGGCUGGGAAUUUAGCAAACGACAGACAGACAGACAGACGGAUGGAUGGAUGGAUAUACCAUGUUAUAAACUCAAAGUGAUGAAAAGACAUGAUGAAGGACUAUUCUAUCUAUUUAUACAAAAAAACGAAAACCAAAAAAACCAAAAAUGUAAAUCGAUAUAAUUAUCCAGUGGUGAAGGAUGUGGGCGGAGACUUCUCUAAGCUAAACGCUUGAACUAUUAGAGGAACAUGGCAGAUUUGCGGGGGACUGUACGGAAGAUAGAUUCAACCUUGGUGAACGUGUGUGUGUGUGUGUGUGUGUGUAUGUGUAAAUGCAUACAGUCGUGUGUUUGAGCAUGUAUACAUGUGCAAACACGCACUUGUGUGCAUACAUACAGUGUGUGUGUGUGUGUGUGUGUGUGUGUGUGUGUGUGUGUUUGUCUGUGAGCCAAGAAAAUCUCCAAGGUCCCGAGCAGCGAGCUCACAUCCAUGCGAGAGCACGACGAACACAUCGAUCACACCCCAGUCUUUACAGACUCUUAAUUAGAGUUGCUAAAUAGGGUCAGAAGAAUGUAUGAUAUUAGCACAUAUUAGAAAUCAGUUUGGAGAAUACUUUUGUUUUUUUGUCUAUAUAGUUCUUUAUCUUCAUGUCACACGAGGUCUCGAGGGAAGCGUGAUGUAAAUACAUGAUAAAAACACGCUGUCGGUUCGACGCCGAUCAUAUUCAAAGACUUGUGUGAUGGAGAAAAGAUUCUUACUGGAAUUUAUCCUGUCUCCUUUUUUCUUUGGGACAUUUUAACACACUCGCAGAUGACGAUUAUCUACAAAAUGUAUGAACUACAGUACACUUGCAUCCUUAAAACUCAUCCAUCUUUGUUUGGAGAUUUGAUUUACAGAGAGGAACAUUGUGCUUUUCGACCGAACGGCGUAGCACGACCCGGCUUAAAUCCAAACGGUCUGUUAUCCGUUACUGAACGAUGCUCGUAAAUAAACAAGGGUCUUUUAAGAAGGGAUAUGGUGUGGUGACUAGUGAAGAAGAAAAAUAAUACCAGACAUAUAUAAUUAUUGGCUUAUCUUAUGUUAACAUGUGCCUCCAUAACAGGCUAAAGCGUUGAGCAUGAGACACAGUGAACACGCCCAAACGCGCUCAAGAGAGCCAAUACUUUUUCCCGUGUCAAGUUUAAGAGUGAAUGAGAGAAAUAUCAGAUUCUGGACGACUCGAAGUUGGGGAUUUUAUUUAGAUCAGUGAUGUAAUGUUAUAUAUAUAUAUAUA